CAAUUUACACCGAAUUUAAUAAAAAAAUAAAGUAACUAUAAAACUAAAAUAAAACAAUGGAUUUAUCAGCAAUGCUUUACGUAUGCUUAAUAGCAUUAAGUACUUACACAACAACAGAAAGUAAGCAGAAACCAGGACGGGGAAGGGGCUCAAUGUGGUGGGGUAUAGCUAAGGUGGGGGAACCUAAUAAUAUAUCACCACUUAGCUCAGGUAUUAUGUACAUGGAUCCUGCCAUACACUCCACAUUACGACGGAAACAACGUCGAUUGGUUCGUGAUAACCCCGGCGUAUUGGGAGCUCUUGUAAAAGGUGCAAACCUUGCCAUAAGUGAAUGCCAGCAUCAGUUUCGUAAUCGGCGUUGGAACUGCUCAACCAGAAACUUUAUGCGAGGCAAGAAUUUGUUUGGGAAAAUUGUCGAUCGAGGUUGUCGUGAGACGGGCUUUAUUUAUGCCAUCACCAGUGCCGCUGUCACACAUUCGAUUGCGCGCGCUUGCAGUGAAGGCUCCAUUGAAUCGUGCACCUGUGAUUAUAGCCAUCAGUCGCGAUCGCCCCAAGCGAGCCACCAAGCUGGCAGCGUAGCGGGUGUUCGCGACUGGGAAUGGGGAGGGUGCUCGGAUAAUAUUGGAUUUGGCUUUAAAUUCUCACGUGAUUUCGUAGACACUGGAGAACGUGGACGCAAUUUAAGAGAAAAAAUGAAUUUGCAUAAUAAUGAAGCUGGUCGAGCUCACGUACAAACGGAGAUGCGACAAGAAUGCAAAUGUCAUGGUAUGUCUGGCUCGUGUACGGUGAAGACAUGUUGGAUGCGUCUUGCAAAUUUUCGAGUAAUUGGCGAUAAUCUUAAAGAUCGUUUUGAUGGAGCUUCGCGCGUUAUGAUCAGUAAUAGUUUACGACAAAAUGGAAAUUCUAUAGCAGGCAGUUCGCCGAAUUCAAACUCCAUUGGAGUAUCUGGUAUUGCUGUAAGUCCCAAUGCAGCAAGCCUGAAUGCUUUUACCGCAGAUCGUAUGUUAAGCGACCACAUACCUGAGCAUAUAUUAAAAACACAUCCAAAUAUCCCUCCCCUAAGCACACUAAGCAGCCCAAACAGUUUGUCCCGAAAUUCGGUGCGAAAUCGUGGGCGUCAAGGGAAAAAGAAUAAUAGAUACAACUUUCAGUUGAAACCGCACAAUCCUGAACACAAGCCGCCUGGUCCCAAAGAUAUUGUUUACCUGGAACAAUCACCGAGUUUUUGCGAGAAAAAUUUGCGCCUGGGCAUCCAAGGCACACAUGGACGUCAAUGCAAUGAUACAUCAAUCGGUGUUGAUGGCUGUGAUUUGAUGUGCUGCGGCCGCGGCUAUCGCACGCAAGAGGUUAUGGUCGUUGAACGUUGCGCAUGCACAUUUCAUUGGUGCUGUGAAGUCAAGUGUAAAUUGUGUCGAACGCAAAAGACGAUACACACAUGUCUAUAAGUAGUAAUAUGUAUUUUUCAAAUCGACCCCUAUACCUUCACCAGACUGUCUUUGCCUACAAGUUUUAAAAAGAAAAUACAAAUUUAUUAAGAAAUAAAUGAAGCGCUUACCGAGUCUGCCACAAAUCAUCACUAACAAAUACAUGAAAAUAUGACAGCGUGUGCAGUAAACUUUUGUACGUCAAAGCUGUCCAGCGUAUCUAAAAGCAGAGACUUGAGCAGAGCAGAAACAAGGGUGGGGAUAAAAGAUGUGGUGGCGCCUUCUCUUCUUGUUAUUCCCUGUUUAUUUAUUUAUUUAUUUAUUUUAUACACUUUCAAUUCCGCUCAACAGUUAUCCGCCAUAUGAAAUGGCACUGCAUCAUGUUAGCUGUCAAGUGAUGCGAGUGCACAUAAGUAAUCAUAUCAGUAUUUUAGUGGCAAAGUAGAUAUCUGUAGACAUAUUUAUUUAUAUACAUAUAUGUAUAUGUAUAUACCAAAACGCCAAUAUAAUAAUCUUAAAUUUUUUUACAUAUAAUAAAUAAUAUGAACAUAAUGAACACUGUAGUAAAUGUUUGUAAGUGAGUUUACAAAUUCCGGCCGGCACAGCUUAGAUUUUAUUGUAAUUUUAAAACAUUUUACAAUUAAGUUCGUGCUCAUCGUAAUUAUUAAACAAAACCCACCCACUUAAGCGAAUGUAAACGCUUUUAAUUAACAGUAUUAAAUCAAUUGAAAUCUUACGUAGUUUGUAGUACUCUUAUAAGAAAUAUGCACAAAGUUUCCCAGUUUAUUAUUUCAUAAGUUUCAUUAUAUUUACGUCAAUGUAAUAAAUAUUGUUUUUUGCUGCUCAAUGCACAAAAAUAGGCCUAAACAAAGACUGAACUGUUGUAAAGUACAUAAUUAGGAUUUUUUUGUUUAAAAUGUAGUAUUUUACACUGUCUGGAUGUACAUUAACCUUCAAGCAUUGUUUGCGCCAAUUUGACACAAUGUUCAAAUUGGAGUGCAUAUAAAUAUUUACUGUUUGUAUUCAAAUUAACUUAGGAUUUUGGCUCAAUGUGGAAAUCAUAUACCAGCAUUGCAUAUUAACGUUCGUUUUAGCCGGUAGAUGUCACUGUAAGACUGUACACAGAAAAAAAUAAUAAUUGGCAAAAUAACGACUGAUUCAUGGCGUCUGAGGGUUAAAGGGCUUCACCAAAAUAGGUUGAAGUUUUUCUACCGGAGUUAUACCUACAAUUCAUUAUAUUUUAAGACCAAAAUAUUCUUGCCAACACAUUUCGGAUAUAUGUUAAGAUUUACAUGAGCUGCAUCAAUUUGAAAAUACCUCCUUUUGGCGGAAGUUUUAAAAUAUUAUUAUUAUUAUAAUUAAAUUUGUAUAAUAACA